GUUGUCAAACAAACCCUAAUGUGUUGUGAAUACAGAUCUCAUUUGCAAUCAUAACACGAAUUAUAGGAUUUAUAUAUGAAUUACAAGUAAAUUAAUUAGUGAUACAAAAGUAAUUGUGAAGUCAAGUGAAUGGCAAUGAAGAGUGGCUUUACUCGCAUAGAGCUAAACAAGAGUGUGUGGGAAGUGCCCGACCGUUACCUCUCACUGGAACCGGUCGGGUCGGGAGCCUAUGGCCAGGUGUGCGCUGCCAUCGAGUCUUCGCGCAACCAGAGGGUGGCCAUCAAGAAGUUGAACCGUCCGUUCCAGUCGGCCAUUCACGCCAAGAGGACGUAUCGCGAACUCAGACUCUUGAAGCACAUGAACCACGAGAAUGUGAUCGGACUGUUGGAUGUGUUCACGCCGUCCACUACUUUGGAUGACUUCCAAGACGUAUAUUUGGUGAACCACUUGAUGGGUGCGGACCUGAAUCGCAUCAUAAAGACGCAGCGUCUGAGUGACGAUCACGUGAUGUUCCUCGUCUACCAGAUCCUCAGAGGUCUCAAAUACAUCCACUCGGCGGGGAUUAUACACAGAGACCUCAAGCCAAGCAAUAUAGCCGUCAACGAGGACUGUGAGCUCAAGAUCUUGGACUUCGGAUUAGCGCGACAGACAGAGGCCGAGAUGACCGGAUAUGUGGCCACCCGAUGGUACAGAGCACCAGAGAUUAUGCUUAAUUGGAUGCAUUACAACCUUACAGUGGACAUCUGGUCCGUGGGUUGUAUUAUGGCUGAACUCAUCACUUCCCGCACACUCUUUCCCGGAACUGACCAUAUCGAUCAAUUGCUUCGUAUAAUGAAUUUGUGCGGAACUCCGGACGAGGAGUUCAUGAAGAAGAUCACAUCAGAAGAGGCGCGUAAUUACAUCCGAACCCUUCCUAUCAUGAAGAAGAAGAACUUCAAAGAGAUGUUCAAAGGAGCCAAUCCUGACGGUAUGUUU